AUGGCAAAGGUAGCAAUCAACGCACUGAAAUUUGAUGGGAUGGGGCAUGUUGAACCCUUCACUACUAACAUUUACGCGUGCUUGACUACGAAGAAUGAGGGCCGACCUAAAUCAAGACCGUGUAAGUGUCCAAACCGUGAUCGCUGUAUAAGAAACUGUAGAGGUAACUAUAUACCGUCGCCAUGGCUUCGGCCGCCACCACCGCCAUUGCAGGCACUACCUCCUAGACAGAACCAUGAUGAUCACAGCUUGUUGGUUACUGGCAUGACAAUCAAGGGAAGCAUGCUAUGUUAUGCUCUUAUUCUAUGUAUUUUCUUUGCACUUGUUAGAUUCUAUUUUAACAAGAGGAUUAAUCAUUCGAGGAGAAGUUUUCCCAUAUGGUACAUCAACACCAUCGGUCUCCAACAAUCGGUCAUCGAUUCCAUCAUGGUUUUCAAGUAUAAAAAAGAUGAACGACUGAUUGAAGGAACCGAAUGUUCCAUUUGCUUGAAUGACUUCCAAGAAGAUGAAAGCCUUAGGCUUUUGCCAAAUUGUACCCAUGGUUUUCACCUUCCUUGUAUUGAUACUCGGUUAAGGUCACACCAAAACUGCCCAUUGUAUCGUGCACCCGUUGUUUCCCAUGCCAUGGUAGCUCAAACCAGUGCAUCGGAACCGAAUUCCAUCAGUUCAGGUUCAAGCAACGACAGAAUGGUCGAAAACGAUGACGGAGAAGGUGGAGCCGGUGAAGAACUGAGAACUUGUCGGAUUGAAGAUGGAAACACGUCGGAAAAUUCUAGAAAAAAUCUGGGCCAUUCUGAUGGAAAUGUGUUGAGCGAUUUAGAUGGAAUUGAAGCCACGAGGAGGUUAGUUUCGUAG